AUGAUGUUCACCCACAAUGGAGAGGUGCUCCUGGACGACUCAGGGUCCGAACUGGCCUUCAAAGACUUUGAGGUUUGGGAAGGUUUCAUCCCAGUGUGCAGCCUGGGUGUGUGCCAGGUCGGCAGGAUGAACUUUGGUAAAGACGUGAGCACGCUGAAGUACUUCACUAUCUGUGGCCUGCAGGAGGGCUACGAACCCUUCGCUGUCAACAUGAACAGAGACCUCACCAUGUGGCUCAGCAAGAGGCUGUCUCAGUUCAUCCCUGUACCUCCACAGCAUGAACACAUUGAGGUCACGAGGACGGACGGCACCGUGGACACUUUUCCGUGUCUCAAGGUCACCCAGAGGUCGUUCGGCUCCCAGAACAGUAACCCAGACAUCACCUUCUAUCGCCUCAGCAUGCCUAUAGAGUGUAACGAGGUCCUGGCCAAGUCACCUGGCGGGACGCUGCAAGCUGUUUGUUCCUCUCCUCCUCAGGUGUUGACGAAGUCCGCCCACAGCACCCUGGGCUCCAGCCUGGACCAGGAGAAGGACCAGUUCAACAACCAGAAAGACUACAACCAGGACAAACCCUCCAAGUUAAAGCAGAGAUUCAUGUUGAAGAGGACCAAGCCAGAGUUGACCAGCAGUACCUCUUCAGCCCGUGUAUCAGAGGAGGUGUUAUCUGACAGGGAUGACUAUGACUUCUUCAUGCAGACCUCCACUUCCUCCUCAGGGCUGUUCGGGGAGGGGGAUGGGUCAUACCACAGGGUGAGGACAGGGGGACGGGUCAUACCACAGGGUAGCAUCUGUCUGGUGAGCAUCUACGGGACCCAUCACAACCCUGAGAUCUGGCCUGACCCAGACGUGUACAACCCCAUGCGCUUUGACCCUGAGGGCUCAAAGGGCCGUUCAUCCCAUGCCUUCAUACCCUUCUCUUCAGGACCUAGGAACUGUAUAGGUCAGAAGUUUGCCAUGGCGGAGCUGCGUGUGGUGGUGGCGCUGACCUUGAGGAGGUUCCGCUUGACCCCUGGGGGGGUGGAGGUGAGGAGGCUGCCCCAGCUGGUGCUCAGGGCCGAGGGGGGGCUGUGGCUGAUGCUGGAGACCCUAGACACCCCCCAGGACUGACCCCUGACCCCUGACCCCUGACCUCCAUCUUUCCUCUAUGGAUCAGUCAUAGAGAAACUGCUUUUAUGCUUUUACUGUAUAAACAUACACUGAGUAUACUAAACAUUAAGAACACCAGCUCUUUCCGUGGCAUAGACUGACCAGGUGAAUCCAGG